AUGGCCAAGAAGAAGCCUUGGGAAGGUCUGGCAGCCCUCCAACACCAGCAGUUGACAUCACUUGUUAGAAGAGCAACUCUGAAAGAAAACGAGCAAAUUCCAAAAUAUGAAAAGGUUCACAAUUUCAAGGUCCAUACCUUCAGAGGGCCGCACUGGUGUGAAUACUGUGCCAACUUCAUGUGGGGGCUCAUUGCUCAGGGAGUGAAAUGUGCAGAUUGUGGUUUGAAUGUUCAUAAGCAGUGUUCCAAGACGGUCCCAAACGACUGUAAGCCGGACUUGAAACAUGUCAAGAAGGUGUACAGCUGUGACCUGACAACACUCGUGAAAGCCCACAUCACUAAGCGGCCCAUGGUGGUGGACAUGUGCAUCAGGGAGAUUGAAUCCCGAGGUCUUAAUUCUGAAGGACUGUACCGAGUCUCAGGAUUUAGUGACCUCAUUGAAGAUGUCAAGAUGGCUUUUGACAGAGAUGGUGAGAAAGCAGAUAUUUCUGUGAACAUGUAUGAAGAUAUCAACAUUAUCACUGGUGCGCUGAAGCUGUACUUCAGGGAUUUACCAAUUCCACUCAUCACAUAUGACGCCUACCCUAAGUUUAUAGAGUCCGCCAAAAUUAUGGAUCCUGAUGAGCAAUUAGAAACCCUUCACGAAGCACUGAAGCUGCUGCCACCCGCUCACUGCGAAACCCUCCGGUACCUCAUGGCGCAUCUUAAGAGAGUGACCCUCCACGAAAAGGAGAAUCUGAUGAAUGCAGAGAACCUUGGGAUUGUUUUCGGCCCAACCCUCAUGAGAUCCCCGGAACUAGACGCCAUGGCUGCCCUGAACGAUAUACGGUAUCAGAGACUGGUGGUGGAGCUUCUUAUCAAAAACGAAGACAUUUUAUUUUGAAUUUUUAGUUUGAAGGAAAAAAAGAAAUGUUUUACAGAUGAAGGAAUGUUUUAAAAUAAUUUAAUUGGCUCUUAUAGCUGAAUUAUUUCUUGGUUAGAAGUUUGGGCAUAUAACCAGAUUAAAAUGAAGGAACUUCCCAUUGUUUUCACAGCACCGCUCAGCUGUCCUUGUAAAACAGUGAACACACGCUUUCCAGUUCUAGUAAUCCUGGGUGUUUAUCAUGUUAAGAGAAACUCAAGCUAUUGCAUGAUUAGCCUCCUGUUUGGCAAGGGAACCCCACACAAAGGAGACACCAAGCCUGCACCGCCCCUUCGUCCUGGGCUGCCCGUGGUUGUA